AAUGUCAGCGCACCCAAACCAACAGAGUAACGUGAGGCCGCGAGCAACAAACCCCAAGCACGCAGAAAGCAACAGCCUUUUUUGUUCCCCAAUAAUCAAGAUUUCAACUUUUUUGUUUUUUGUUUGAAAAUUUUUAAUUUUUGAGAGAGAGGGAUCAUGUGGGAGUCGAUCUUUCUAACGCUGGCGGCGACGGCCGGAAACAAUAUCGGAAAAAUUCUUCAGAAGAAGGGCACCGUCAUUCUUCCUCCUCUCUCUUUCAAGCUCAAGGUGAUCAGGGCGUAUGCUUUGAACAGAGCUUGGUUGAUAGGUUUUCUGAUGGAUAUAUUUGGAGCCUUGCUCAUGUUGAGAGCAUUAUCUCUUGCUCCUGUUUCUGUCAUACAACCCGUUUCUGGGUGUGGACUUGCCAUUCUUUCAAUCUUUUCCCAUUUUUAUCUGAAGGAAAUUAUGAAUGCUGUUGACUGGAUGGGGAUUACCUUAGCAGGCAUUGGCACUAUAGGAGUUGGUGCCGGAGGUGAGGAGCAAAAGGCUUCUGCUAUAUCUAUUUUCCAUCUACCAUGGUUGGCAAUUGUAGUCGCCAUCUUGUUUGUACUACUGAAUGGAUGGCUACGCAUCUACAGACGUCAACGCAAAGAACAGGAGUUGAUGGAAUAUGAUGUUGUUGAAGAAAUUAUAUACGGCUUGGAAUCUGGCAUUUUGUUUGGGAUGGCAUCUGUAAUAUCAAAGAUGGGAUUCGUAUUCCUGGAGCAAGGUUUCCCCAGCAUGCUGGUUCCUAUAUGCCUGAUAUUCAGCAUAUGUUGUAGUGGUACAGGGUUUUUUUACCAGACUUGGGGGUUAAAGCAUGGGAGGGCAAUUGUGGUGUCUACGUGUGCUGCUGUGGCAUCAAUUGUGACUGGCGUGCUUGCUGGAAUGCUUGCUUUGGGUGAAAGAUUGCCUUCAGCGCCAACCGCUCGUCUUUCACUUGUGCUUGGAUGGCUAUUUAUAAUUAUUGGCGUGAUUUUACUUGUGAGCUCGACACGGCUGGUGCGAAACCUUCCUCGGCCUUUACGGCAUUUUAUCCAGAGUGGUGUUGAUAAGAACUUCAGCCAGAGAAAAUCCGGGUCUAUCCGCACUAGGGAUUCGAGCCCUAGCACUGUUAUUCAGGCAGCAACUCUGCAUCAUUUGAUACCAACUUCGUCUAAAGAAAAGGCUUGAUUUGAUUAAAUCAGGGAGAUUGUUGUAUAAGCACAAAAUUUCUCAUAUCGGCAGACUUGCAAGUAACGGGAAGCAACUCCUGGUGGUUUAGGCAAAUCUGGUGUAUAGUAGAGUAUGCUUACAGACUUCAUCAGAGGGCAUGAAGUUUUUGAAAUCAUUCCUUUUAGGGAAAAUUUGUACUCUAGUAUUUUGUGAACAUUUUGAUGUCCAACUUUUUUCUCGAUUUAGUAUUCUUAUAUCUCAUUGCUUCUUGCGUACUGUUCGUUCUCCUGAAAA